AAAAUGCCGUCGGUUUCGAAAACGGCGGCCAAUGCGUCUCCUCAAACCGAGAAACCUACCCACUAUACAUACUUGAAGGAGUUCAGGACAGAGCAGUGCCCGUUGUUCCUUCAGCACAAGUGUACGCAGCACAGACCCUUUACGUGUUUUCACUGGCAUUUUCUCAACCAGCGGAGAAGAAGACCUAUCAGAAGAAGAGACGGAACUUUUAACUACAGCCCUGACGUGUACUGCACCAAAUACGACGAGACCACAGGCAUCUGCCCGGAUGGAGAUGACUGUCCUUACUUACACCGGACCACGGGCGACACAGAGCGAAAGUACCAUCUACGCUAUUACAAGACCGGCACUUGCAUCCAUGAGACAGACGCUCGAGGGCAUUGUGUGAAGAAUGGCCUCCACUGUGCUUUCGCUCAUGGGCCACAUGAUCUCCGACCUCCAGUCUAUGAUAUCAGAGAGAUUCAAGCACAAGAAGCCCUUCAGAACGGACAGCUGGGAUCUGGGGAAGGUAUUCCUGACCUGCAGCCAGGAGUGUUAGCCAGCCAAGCUAUGAUCGAGAAAACUCUGACAGAAGACCCCCGCUGGCAAGAUACCAACUUUGUUUUAGCCAACUAUAAAACCGAUCAGUGUACAAAGCCCCCCCGACUAUGCAGGCAGGGCUACGCUUGCCCCCACUACCACAACAGUAGAGAUCGGAGACGAAAUCCAAGAAAGUUCAAAUAUAGGUCGACUCCCUGCCCUAAUGUGAAACAUGGGGAUGAAUGGGGCGAGCCCUCAAAGUGUGACAGUGCAGACAGCUGCCAGUACUGCCACUCCCGCACCGAACAGCAGUUCCACCCAGAGAUCUACAAAUCAACCAAAUGCAAUGAUAUGCGACAAACCGGAUACUGUCCCAGAGGACCGUUUUGUGCGUUUGCACACGUAGAAAGAAUCCCCUCCACAGAGGAGACCAUGAGCUCCCUGCUGACAGUGAUGCAGUCCAGCUCUCAGUCCCAGCUCAGCUCUCAGUACUCAGAGUGUCCCGUCAGCGAGUGGAACAGCGGGGGCAGCGCAACCAGCAGCAACGGACAAGUAGGAAACGUUUCAUGUUCUAAUAGCUCGACUGUAACUCCAAGCUCAGGAAGCGACAGUUUGUUAUCCCCAGUGGGAUCCAUCAGCAGGCCUAACCCCUUUACUGAUAGUAGUUUAUGUUCAGAGUCCACCACAUCCAGUGUCUCAUCUCUGACGUCUAACUAUCCCAAAGCUCCGGGCUUUGAACGAGAGGACCAGAUUAAGAACAAGGGGCAGAUGGAUCAGAAAAUGAUGGACCAAGAAAAACAGACACAACAUACUGUAUUCUCUGCUGUGAACCCUUUGGCAACAAGCUUCACCUCCAGCAUAACGUCCAGCUUGGCCUCCAGCAUCGGCUCGGAUAGUUCUUCACCCACCACCUUAUCAACCAUGAAUGCAAAAGCCACUCCUUUCUAUCCGGGGAGCAACACUGUGGAGUCAGUCAUAGAUGUUUUCCGUUUCGCCUUAGGAUCCGCUCUGGACCUGAACUUCUGUGACAUCAAUGUUGCAUCUCUGGAUAAGGAGCUGGAGGAGCAGGACAACAGUAUGGGAUUUGCAAGACAGAGGAUGCUGGGUGGCUCCGCUCCUGUGAACAUUCCUGGCUCUCUGGGCCGAUCUUCCUCCUUUAACUCGUCCUCCUCGCUCUCCACCUCCCCGCUCAGCUCCCUGUCUCAGUCUCUGUCGCAGUCCCUGCUCGCUGCCUCCAUAUCGCAGCAGAAUCACCCUUCCAACAUGUUAGCCAAGCAGGAGCACAGCCUGCUGGGAACUCCCACCUCCUCUUCCCAGAAUUCUUUAGGCUUGAACGGCGGGGCCAGCAGCAUUUGGGACUUUGUGAGUGGCAGCUUCUCUCCGAGCCCCUCUCCAGUCUUCAGCAGCCUGACGUCCAGCGCCAGCAGUGCAGAUCUGGCUCGGCUCUUUAGGGACCUGGACGAGGCCAAGAGGAAGAUCAAACAGUGGGAGGAGGCCUGGCACCAGGUCAAACAAGCCUGUGAAGCUUGCCAGAAAGACACUCUGGAGGCAAAGGAGCAAGCGAAGACGGCCGAGGCGGAGCGGCAGCUGGCCGAACAGAAGUGGGAGGAGACACAGCGCAAGCUCAAAGAGCUCCAAGGGGACUUUGACGCGCUCUGUCGCACCCCGGGGACGCCGCUGCUACGUAGCUAUGGAGAGCUGGACGAGCUCCCCUUGUCAAAGCUCCACUCGCUCCAGAGUCAGCUGCGUAAUGACCUAGACCUUAUAGACGGGGUAAUAUAUCAGCUUCAGUCAAAGAAAUGUAUAGUUUGCCAAAAGCAUGAUCGUUGCAUUGUCCUGCAGCCUUGCCAACAUUAUGUACUAUGUGAGAACUGUGUGCUUAGUAAAACAGAAUGUCCCUACUGUAGAACAAAAAUAGUGAAGUGGUGAUGUACAACUAGUCGAGGUACUAUUUAAAUAUAAGUCCUUUGAAAAACUGCUAAUAGAUAUGACCAUUUUUCUAAAUAGCAAUGUCUGUUUCAUACAGUGAUCGAAUACAUUUAGAAUAAGAUUAUGUUUGACUGACAAACAAAUAGUAUUAUCAAUCAGAUUGUGUACAGGGGAUGAAAUCAUUCAUAGUUUUUGCUCAUUUUAUGUGCACAUGACCUUGUUCAGCCAGGUGGGUUUCUGUGUGAAAAUCCAUGCAACCAAAUUAGAAUAUUAAAUUACAUCGCAAUGCAAUUUCUCAAAUCAUGACACUAAAAGACAUUCAUCUUGUGUCCAGAUUUGUUGACAUACACAAUAUGCAGGAAUACUUUCCCCAAACAAAAUACAAAUAUGCAAACCUGACAGAAAAUGCAUAAUUACAGAUAACAAAAAAGAAAUGCUAAUGAGACCACUAAACUUGCUUAAAAUCUGUAUUCUUUAAGACAUGAAUGAGUAUAAGUUGUAUUUCUAUCCUCGUGUUUUACUGUUUAUUGAUUGGAAAUACUUCACUGCACUUUGAAUUAUUGUGGAUACAUCUCUGAUCUAAUCCACCCAGAGCAACGUUUCAGAAAUACUGUGGAAAUGUAACAAAUAUGCUUCAAACCUGUUGACUUAAGACACAUCAUAUCCUUGUUUUGGAAGAAAUAAAUACUAUAAAACGUACUCACUGUAACUGUAUAAUCAUAUAUAUAGUGAGAAGUUCUUCUCAUACUGUAAGGUCACUUCUCAAUCUUUCUGGUGGUGGGAAUAGUUUGAUCCAAAGGACUCCCACACAACAGUAAAUACAGAUACAGCCAUUGAUGAUAGUGUACCGCAGUAGCCAGGGCCUCAGGUAUUUCAGGUUUUAAAAUGCAAAGGGGUCACUGUGUGGAUGUUUCCAACGUACUGCCAGGGACAGCGUGCUGAUGUUAAACAUAAAAUGGGCAAAACUCAAAGCAGUUUUUUCUUUACCUAAAGAGGAAUACGUACACUGAAUCCAUCAAGACACAAGACAUCAAAGAACCUAUAUCAGAUAAACAUGUUUUGGGGGAAGCCCAUUAACACAGCAUGGAGAUACCAAAACUGACGUGUGGAAAACGUGUCAAAUAUACACAAAUAUAGGUCAAAUGUACAGGCUGUUAGCAAUGAAUACAUACACAAUAAACACAUAAUAUUUGUAUUAUUGCAUUUAACACUAAGGGGAGUUACUGAUGGGAAACACAGCAAGAUUUGAAGUGUUUUCCAACAAUAUAAAUUAUUUGCAGAUUUUCUAAAGAAAUCACAUGUGUCUGUGAAUCAGUGUUCCUCUUUAAGUGAAGCCACAUUUUGAUUAACAUUCUUUUUGAAAUCCUCCCAGUCAAGCAUCAUUAUUUUGACCAACUCAAGAAGUUAGAUUUCUUCUAAAAGCACUUUGUUACCUGGGACUUUCUUAAAGGGUACAUAGAAUUGAGCUUUAAGCGGCUUUGUAGGUAUCCUUUUUGUUGAUUUCUAAUUUCUAAGUGUUUUCUAUAUAAGCUAAUGUCUGAAGUUUCUGAGUGUACUGUGAAACAUCAUUUAGAUAUUUCAUGUUUCCUAUUGUUAAAUCAUGGCAUGGUUCAACAUCUUAUUAAGAUUUCAUAGAAAAGUACUUACUAGUUUCUACUUUCAUAGUUAGAUUUAUAAAACAAUUCAAUCAAGCAAGUGCAAAUGUAACAUGCAUUGAAGGCAUAACCAGCAGCUGUAAUGUCAGUAAGGCACAUGCUACAUGUUAAGGCUGUUUUUCAAUCCGUUACUUUAGUUUUGUAGAGAUGUCUAUAGGCUAGCCUGUUAGAGAAGCAUGUAUUGUAUUUGCUAAAAGCCUGAGAUGGUGAUUUUUGUAGGAAUCUAGCCUCUUGACCUAGAACAUAUCGGCCUCUAACUCUAAAGUGCCUUCAGUGAAAAAGGUUAUGUGUAGAAUUGUCACAAGUAUUCAAAGCUUGUGCAGUUUAACUUUGCAGAAGCAUCAACAUGCGUAUGACUAUAUACGUGUAUAUAUACAUUUAUGCCAGUGUAUUUGGCCCAAUCCCAUUAAGUAUUUCAGCGGUAGAUAAUGGAAACAAUGUCGUCGUCGUCCCCCGCCACACACUCAUUCCUCGGCGUGGUGCUCUUUCGGUGCAGCUGCAGUCGUUGAAAUUAGGUUUUUCAAAUUCAAUGCUUGGGAGUAUGCAAACAGGACAGAUGUAUUUGUAUAGCAACGUAUUAAAAAAUGAUUUGUUUUAAUUGUAA